AUGUGGCUUAUUAACACGACUACCAUGCGACUCGAAAACUUUGGGGGUUAUGAGCCACCUUUUGCUAUACUAUCGCAUACCUGGGGUGAGGACGAGGUUACAUUUCAAAUGUAUUCGGGACCGGAGGCCAAGGAAAGGAAAGGUUAUCGAAAGAUCGAAUUUAUGUGUCGCCAGGCACUGAAAGACGGGUUACAGUAUGCCUGGAUAGAUACAGUAUGCAUGGACAAGACUAGCAGCGCAGAAUUAACCGAAUCUAUCAACUCUAUGUAUAGAUGGUAUAAAGAUAGCGUGGUCUGCUAUGUUUACAUGGAAGACGUACCCUGGGAAUGUCCGCUUUUGACCGGGAAAGGUGACCAGGAGAGCGACCCAGAGAGCGAUCCAGAUCUACAGCCCUGGAUCGGCGCUUUCAAAAGCGCGAGAUGGUUUACACGGGGCUGGACGCUGCAAGAGCUAAUUGCCCCUCGAGAGCUUCGGUUCUUUGGCCAGGGCUGGAACUUCUUGGGGACAAGAGAAGGCACCUUACUUAAAUUGAUCUGCCAAAUCACAAAUAUAGACGCAACUGUGCUAAAGGGGUUACGGAGUCCUUCUGUUCUCAGUGUAGCAACUCGAAUGUCGUGGGCGGCAAACCGUCAAACCACCCGGCUCGAAGACGAGGCUUACUGUCUGCUUGGGAUAUUCGAGGUUAAUAUGCCACUGCUGUAUGGCGAAGGCCGGAGUGCAUUCCGUCGUUUACAAGAGGAGAUCAUCAAGACCCAUUGGGACCAUUCAAUAUUCGCAUGGGAUUCUGAAAAGGCGGAUUCUCUAUUGGCACCAUCCGUGUCCGCUUUCUCAAAGAGCGGCAACAUCACUAGCUCCGUAGGCGAAACCCUACCGGACGCAUACGAACUUACUAAUAGAGGGUUGCGUAUCUCCUUACCUAUUAUCGAGACCCACAGAGAAGGGACGCUGGGGGUGCUGCACUGUCAAGCUAAGGGUGCCCUGGUAGCACUUAGAUUGACGGCAACGUCACAGUCCUCUAUAGGAGAGGAUGUAUUCCACUGUGCAGACGCGGAGCAUAAUGGUGCUGUUUGCCUCAGCAAACUUCCAAGGUCCAACCGGACCGUCAAACCGUCUGUGGGUUCGGUAUUAUAA